AUGACCAUCCACCGUCCGUCGUCUUCGCUCCCCAUGGAGGAGUCGGAGCCCACGGGUCCAUCGUGGCCUCCACAGUCUUACAAGCAGAUCAGCAACGAGCAGAGGAUAGGGCAUCAAAGGUCUAGAGUGGCGACCGUGAGCAAGAAACCAACCAGCCCCGAAGAUCAGAAACCAUGCGCUCAGAGAGAAUGGCGAGAGCUGCCCGUCUGGCGCCUUUGUUUGGUUAUCAUGCUGGUCUCUGCACUGGUAGUCUACUUCUGUUGCUCUCGUGACACAUACAGGAGAACUUUGGGAAAACAGAAGCUGCCGCCGGAAAUCCAUUCUGCGAAUGAGUACGAACCUUAUGCAAAAGAGCUGCAAAGUUGUAAGACGACAAGUUAUGAUUUAGUAUUUUCGUGUAUAGAGGUAGUCAAUAGUAACCUCGAAUACCAAAAGCACGCCGCGGACAAAACAGAUCACAUUGCUCGGACCAAGCAUGCGCGAGACCUGCACCAAUGUGAUAUGCUUCUGGACCAGGAGCAGCGCAAGCUUGAGGGGCUACACGGGCAGUUGAAGCAAAGCUCACGACUCAACGGCAGGAGAUGA